UCAGUUCACUUCAGUUUUGCUUACAAAAACAAAAAAAAACUCACUGUCUUUUGUCACUUUUCGGCCACACAGUUCAUUCUAAGAGAGAGAGAGUCAUCUGGGUAAAGUUGGCGCCUCCAUUAAGAUGACUGGUGCAGUUUUUACCCGCCAGAGUUUUUUGGGUGAAAACCGCCAGCGCUCCCUCUGGACAUGAACGCGUACUGGAGUCAACUUAUAGACUUCGUGUCUCUUUUUUUAAAGGAUGUUAGCCGCUAAAGGACGCUGGUCAGUCUGACAGGGCCGCUCUGUUUAGUCUGUCUGGCUCUAGAGGAGCUUUAGUGGAGCUAUGAUAUCGAGUGAGCGGAUUUUAAUGCCUCAGAGGAGCCUCCCUCCUCCGUCACCUGUGGACAUCUCUCUCACCUCAGCAGCCAAGAGGCCAUCCUCAAAGGCCACGAGGAAGCAGAGCAAUGGAUCGGUCCAGUCCAGCUCGUCCAGUGGCACAGCCAGGUCGACGGAGAGUGUGGGUAUCAGACAGCCGGCCAAGAGCAAGAUCCGCCGCCACCAGCACCGCCUGUCCUCUGUGUUCAGCCGCAGCAUGCUCAGGGCCCGUGGAGAGAUGGCCUCAGCGGGAGAAGAGCCGGCGGUGACAGACGACCCCUCUGAACUGUCCAAUCACAUCACAGCUCCUGGCAUUCUGAAGAUAUUCGGCAACGAGAUCUGUGAAGGUGCCAACUAUAAAAGUGUCCUGGCCACGACCCACUCCAGCGCCAAAGAGCUGGUCAAAGAGGCGUUAGAGAGAUACUCUCUGAGCAAAGCUGCGGCUGAUGCCUACGUGUUGUGUGAUGUCAUCGGCUGCAUCGGAGAGCGGGAGUGGAGGACGGAGUGUGUGCGGGUCGUUGGGGACAACGAGCGGCCGCUCCUCCUGCAGUCGCUGUGGAAGCCCAGAGAAGGCUAUGCCCGGCGCUUUGAGAUCCAGCGCAGAGCCAGUGUGGAAGAGAAGAGCUCUAGAGACAAGGAUACAGUGACCGCAGGGAUCAAUGCUCAGGCCCGUAAACUGCAGAAGACACGCUCGCGGGGGAAGUCUAUGGCAUUGGUCGCAGGGGUGUGUGGAGGUGCUGUGGACGGUGGUCUCUGGCGGAGCCGUAGUGAAGCGGACCUGAGAGCAGAGAGUCAAGGCCAGCAGGGUCCCUCUCCUGAGAACCAGAAUAGCCUUAAGAAGCAAUCACAGGGGGAGAAAUCAGACGCCCACAAAGCGCCACACUGUCCAGCCGGUGAAAAAGAAGAGACGGAGAGCAGCGAUGACAACCACACACAGUAUUCCAUUCACCCACCCCUGCACUUCCCCUACUUCCUGCUACUGCAGGGCUUCAGUUACACACAGGAUUUCAUCAUCUACUCACUGAACAGGAGCAGCACAGUUUUCGGCCGUGACACUGAGCCGUCUGACCAGGAGAAAGAGCGGCCUGCUAUAGAUGUGAAGCUCUGGGCCCCUGACAUCGAGGAACAACACUGCUGUGUGAGGCAACUCGAGGUUGGUCCAGCCUCAGUCCCUGAGCAGGAGCCCAGGAGAACAGCAGGGGUCACCGUGCUGAAGCCCCUGCUUGGGGCUGCAGUGAAGAGGAAUGGAGUCAGCAUCAGUGAAGAGACAGAGCUGCAGUCGGGAGAUGUUAUAGGCCUGGGUGACCAUUACCUCUUCAUGUUCAAGGACCCUGUCGCUGAAGGGAUGAAAAGUGACUCUCCUGCUGUGAUCCUGUCAUGGCUGACUGAGUCAACCCAGCCACCACCUCCCCUGUGUAGGUCCUGUGUGUUAUCUGUGUCAGAAGGCCCUCUGAACACCCUGCCCUGCUUGAGGGAGGCUGGGGGGAGAGAGCUCAUCCUUGUCUAUGAUGUGGAACAUGAAGAACGCAUCCUGAAGGAGAUAUUCACAAGGGCGGACAGCUAUGAUGGAACACACAAACUAACCCCAUCAUUCCUGCUGUGCUUAUGCCUCCAGUGGUCAGCCACCCAUUUCCCCAUGGCUGACCUGAGACGACUCCUCCUACAGAUAGCCAAUGAGGUUCAGAUGGCUGUGUGGGAAAAGGCAAAGGAACUCGCAGCAAUUCAGCCUGAAAUUGAAGGUGAGGUGAAGCCUGUGGAAGUGGUUAACACUGAGAAGCUUCUCGGAGGUCUGCAGCCGCUUGUUCUGUGGAUGGCAAACUCCAUCGAGCUCCUCCAUUUUAUCCAUCAAGAAGUGCCUCGCUUACUGCAUGGGAUCUCACGAGAGGAAGAGGAAGAGGAAGAAGACUGCAUGGCUGUGCUGGAGUUGCGAAUGUCCACUGUACGACCAGCCAGCGAGGAGGCCAUGACUGUCCUGGAGGAGGUCAUUAUGUUCACCUUCCAGCAGUGUGUGUAUUACCUUACUAAGCUGCUGUACCCAGUACUGCCAGGCCUGUUAGACAGUAACCCUUUCUCAGAGGAUGGACAGGUGCAAAUACCUGAUGAUGUUGGCAGCGUGUUGGCCAUCCUUACAAAAACGCUGCAUCUAGUCAAAGACUUCCACGUGCACCCCGAAAUCUCCUUACAGCUCUUCACCUACCUCUUCUUCUUCAUCAAUGCCUUCCUCUUCAACCUGCUCAUGGAGAGAGGAUCAGGAGGGAGCUUCUAUCACUGGUCAUGUGGGGUUCAGAUCCGGGCUAAUUUGGACCUACUGAUGGACUGGGCUUAUGCGGCCGGGCUGGGGGAACUGGCACAAAGCUACUUGCUUAAAAUCUCCUCAGCUGUCAAUCUGCUGGCAACGCCCAGGGAAAACCUGCUACAGUCAUCUUGGGCUUCUUUGCGGGUGGAGUUUGCUUCACUAAGCCCUGCCCAGCUGCACCACAUGCUGAGAGAGUACAGCCCACGCCGGCCCUCUCCAUCCACCUGGACACCAUCCAGCAAUGAGGCCAGUGCAGCCCUGCAUACUGCUGAUAUUCUGCUGAGUUUUGAUGACCACCCUCCUCUCAUCCUGCCCAUCGAUGGCUUUCUGCUGGACUUAAAAAAGCUCAUUGGAGAGACAUCUCUUAUAAAAGAGCUCAGCAGACUUCAGGCCAUUAUCAAGAAGCUUUAUGACCCAGAACCAAGGGCGCACACCAAGCAGACUUCUCAGUGUGAAUCUGCUGUACCACUGGAGGCCAAACGCACCAAAAUGGAAGUUCUCCCAAAAGCUCAUCUGGAGCUGGAGCACACAGAGGUAGUGCUGCCUAAGGACAGUGUCCCAGCAUGCUCUUCAAGAUCAGGUCAUCUGGGCACUUGUGAAGCCCUUCUCACUCAAAAACUAAAGGCUCUAGAGCUACAGAACAAGCAGACAAACUACAGUGGCAGUAAUAAGCGCCUAGCACUGGACCCAUCAUGCUUGCUGACCCCUCCAAACACACCGCAGAGUGUGGAUCUGGUGGAGUCAGAAACAGAGUUCCAGGAACCAGAUUCAAACCACCAGACUGCAGAGUGCUGUGACACAAUAAAACAAGUAGAAGGUGAAUGUGAAAAGCAUGAAGCAGGAGAUGAUGAGGUGUUUGUGGUGGAGCUGCAGAGGGGUCCCAGUGGACUGGGUCUGGCUCUGGUUGAUGGGAUGGAAACACCUUUACAAAUGAGUGGGAUUUACAUUAAGACUGUGAUCCCGGGGUCUCCGGCAGCUCUGAGCCAGAGACUGAGACCAGGUGAUCAAAUCCUAGCAGUGAAUGGCCACAGGCUGGUAGGAGUGGACUACCAUAUAGGCAAGGAGUUUAUUCAGAAAUCUGGGGAGAGGCCUCAGUUACUGCUUGCCCGGGCUGAAACAACUCAAAAAGACAGAAUGCCAAAACGCUGAAUGUGCCAAAACAGAUCCCCUGCCUUACAAGUGCACUUUGAAACUGAACUGGGAUAAUGCAAAGCCUGUAGUGUCCUAAUUUAAAUCCACACUCUGUGAUUUAUGCCUGAAGAUGAUAAAGACUACAAGUUUUUUUGUUUAAAGUAUUUGAUUUUUAAUGCUUUUUAUAUUGUAUUUCUUUCUGCUGUUGACUCGUAUCUGAUUCUCUGAUUCUUCUUUUACUUCAGAAUCUGUUUAAUGACUAACAUGACCGUAAUGUAUUAUGAAUGAUUAUGAAUCAGAAACACAUUAUGUGCCUCAGGACAGAAGGAAUGUUUAAUGACAUUGAUUAUUACUCCGUAAACUCUCAUCUGAUACAUCACAACAAUAAAAAAGGAGUCAUGUAA